UGGCAGCAUUGGCUUUCUCAAGAGGACAGACUCAGAAUUCUAUGAAAUAUUUAAUUCAUGGUCAUAAAUUAUAUACAAAGAUCAGUAGAAGCUGUUUUUAUAUGUUAAGAUUUUUAUCUUGGAAUAAUUUUAGAUAUACAUAAAAGUUGCAAAGAUAAUACAGACUUGCUGUAUACUCCUUACCCUUAAUGUUAACAUUUUACAUAACUGUGAAAACAUUUGUUAAGAAACCAACAUUGGUAAUUGCUAUUAACUAAACUCUAGACUUCAUUUGGAUUGUACUGGUUUUUCCACUAAUGUCAUUUUUCUUUUCCAGGAUACAAUCUAGGAUACCACAUUGCAUUUAGUCAUCAUGUCUGAUAAGCCUCUGGUCUGCGAUGGUUCCACAGGCUUGUUUUUUAAAAUCUUGACAGUUUUGAGGCAUACUGGUCAGGUGUAUUGUAGAAUGCCCCUCAGUUUGGGCUUGUCUGAUGUUUCCCUCAUAUUUGGACUGGGGUUAUGGAUAUUUAAGGAAGAAAACCACAGAGGUGAUGAAGGGUUCUUUUCAGCAAAUCGUAUCAGUAGUUGAAUGUUAUCAACUUGAUAUGUUAACUCUGAAUACUUGGUUAAGGUAGUGUCUGUCAGGUUUCUCCACUGUGAAGUUACUGUUUUUCCGUUUCCAUACUUCUGUUCUUUGGAAGCCAGUCCCCAAGUCAGUCUGUGGGAGGUGGGGGGUGCGCAAGACUCUGUUCUGCCUCCUGAAAGGGGGAGUAUCUUUAUAUAGUACUUGGUAUUUUUCUGUAAGAAGGAUUUGUCUCCUCACCCCUCCCAUUUAUUCAAUUAUUUAUAUUAGUAUGGACUCAUGAAUAUUUCUUUUAGACUUCGGGUAAUAUUUAUUUUAUUGCUCAAAUUGUUCCAGCUCGGCUAUUGGGAGUUAUGUCAGGUUGGUUCCUGUGUGUCUUUAAUGUGCCCCCAUCCUUUUGAUUUUUGAGCACUUCCAUACUUUCUGGCAAGAAAGUAGGAAUGUUGCUCCGGACUCGUCUUGUAUAUUUCCAGCACUAGAAUCAGCCUCUUCUCCAAAGAGCACCGGUUCCUGUUAUUGGAGAAUGGUUUCUAGUGGAACUUAGAAACCAGUAUCUGGGUGCUGGAUGUGCUCAUUGCUCUUGGAGUGUCACUGCUGCUAGACCCUCCCAGCAAACAGAGCUAGGAAAUACGUGGAGAAACAGGCACCAAGAAGCUCUAAGGAAGACAGAAUUGAAAUAGGACAAAAGCAAAUUAAACACAUCUGGAACAGGCUUUCCUUCAGUGAACCUGUAAACUGGAUAGAUGACAGCUAAGACCUUCAGUUUCAGUAAGUGGGUCAGCUGUUACACGCCUAUAAAGUGAGUGUUUUCAGGAUUCAAGCAGAGGAGACCCUGAAAAUUAGGCAAAAGGACAGGAAGUUCUGGUGGUCAGAUAACAUGUUCAAACUGGAUAAAGUCCAGAGUGCAAAUGCUGAAAUCCUGGAUCUCAUUCAAUGGAUAAAUAUUUACUGAGCACCUCCUACAUGCUAAGCAACUGUGCCAGGUGAGGAACAAAACAUGACAGAAACGGACGCCUUCUGUAAGAGUGAAAUAUUUGAUCCGGCAGAAAAGUACAAAAUGGACCACAAGAGGAGAGGAAUUGCUUUAAUCUUCAAUCACGAGAGGUUCUUCUGGCAUUUGACGUUGCCAGAAAGGCGGGGCACCAGCGCAGACAGAGACAAUCUUAGACGCAGGUUUUCAGAACUAGGAUUUGAAGUGAAAUGCUUUAAUGAUCUUAAAGCAGAAGAACUACUGCUCAAAAUUCAUGAGGCGUCAACCGCUAGCCACACAGAUGCCGAUUGCUUUUUAUGUGUUUUCCUGAGUCAUGGCGAAGGCAAUCACAUUUACGCAUAUGAUGCCAAAAUUGAAAUUCAGACAUUGACUGGCUUGUUCAAAGGAGACAAAUGCCAGAGCCUAGUUGGAAAACCGAAGAUAUUUAUCAUUCAGGCGUGUCGGGGAGACCAGCACGACGUGCCCGUCAUUCCUUUGGACGUGGUGGAUCAUCGGACGGACCAGCCGGAGGCCAACAUCACCGAGGUGGACGCGGCCUCGGUGCACACACUGCCUGCCGGAGCCGACUUCCUCAUGUGUUACUCUGUUGCAGAAGGUUAUUAUUCUCAUCGGGAAACUGUGAAUGGCUCAUGGUACAUUCAAGAUUUGUGUGAGAUGCUGGGAAAAUUCGGCUCCUCCUUAGAGUUCACAGAACUCCUCACCUUGGUGAACAGGAAAGUUUCUCAGCGCCGAGUGGACUUUUGCAAAGACCUGAAUGCAAUUGGAAAGAAGCAGGUUCCCUGCUUUGCCUCAAUGCUAACUAAAAAGCUGCAUUUUUUCCCGAAAUCUAAAUGAUAGGAACUAUUUUGUUUUAUGUAUCUAUUUUCAAAACAGAUUUUCCAUCUUUUUUAUCAGUAAAUAUCACUAGGUUGAAAUUUAUGAUAUAGCAAUUUAAAAUGUCUUAAAGGUUUAACGAGAACUUUAAAAAAUAGUUCAUAUUUGUAUUAGACAUGGUGAAAGGGUUUGAUAUAUGUGAAAUGAAAUCCUCAGAGAAUUACUAUAAAAAAUCCAUAAGCAUUUGUAAUCCUUGAUUUUUAUAGUAAAUCACAAGGUUACUCAAAAUACCUGGCUGAUUUAACUUGUAUUUUGUUAGAGUUUUUAAUAAAAGUUUUAUAAUGUUUUUAAAGGUUUUUGAAACCCAAGAAUUAGCUGUUUUCCCUUAAUAAAAUAUUUUAAAUUCA